AACUUAGCGAAUGUGCGAGUCGUGCACAAGCUAACGACGCGUCAAAUGAAAUAGAGUUAUGAGUUUCGUCAAAAAUAUAUUCGGGAUGGCCGACAACAAGGAAACCGAAGACGAGGAGGAUGUCAGCGAAGAAACGUCGACUUCCUCUGAUACCGGGUUUGUCAGCAGUAACGUCAAUAGCAGUAGUGAUUUAGAAGGAACACUGAGGACGGGGGAACCUACUGAAGCGGACUGUUCGUCCAUUUCCAACUUUUUCGGAUACUGGAAAAACCUCAUCAACCAAGAAGCUAAAUUCCAAAGCCAGUUGAACGAUCUGUCGAAACAGUUAGCACUUCGAGAUGCCGAAGCAAGCAAACUCAAAUUCCAAAUGGAAGAGCUUCAGCGAGAUGUUUUUGCCAAGUCAGCAGGAAUGGAUAGGCUAGAAUCAGAACUUAAUGCUGCCCUUAAAGAGUGUGAAACCAUUAGGCAGAGGAUACGCAACUUGGAGCACGAUUUGGAUAACCAGAAGAGGAUAAAUAAUCAAUUAAAUGAUGAGUUAUCACAGAAAUCAGAAAUAUUCAGCAACUUCGAAAAGGAAUCCAAGUCAAAGAUCGCGGAACUUGAGGAUACUGUUAGGCAAUUAAGAGAAAAAAUCGAAGAUUUAGAGAAACAACUGAAUACAUUGAAGGAAGAAAAAGCAGCUCUGGAAAGGAGACACGAAGAACUGAUCGCUGAGAGAGACGAAGAGAAACGAAAAGUUUCAGAGGCUGUGCAGCAGGCUCAGAGACAGAAGCAAGAAAUAGAGAAGAAAUGGAAAGAAGAUUUCGAGAAACUGAGGACUAUCAAUAUACUGAAGGAGCAGGAACUUUUAGACGACUUCGAGUGGAAAUUAAGGGAGGUUCAGCAAACUUGUAAGAAGCGACUCGAGGAUAAGGAUAAAGCGGUGGAUGAAAGGCUCCAGGAAGCUUAUAAAGAAGCAGAGAAGAAGAUGAAGGCUGCGGAAGAAAUGAUGGAGAAGUUAGAAAAUCUGAAGGUAUACGAAAACGAAGUCCACCAACUGAGAAACCUCACGUUGAAUCAGGAAAAAACAAUGAAGAACCUCCUGGAGCAACAAGCCCAAAUGACACAGUCCGAAGAAAGUCUGAAAAACGAAACCAAAAAGCUGAGAAACCUCAUAGAAGUGGAAAAAGAAAACCUGCAGCACAUACAGCGAUUGCACCACCAGGAGAUGCUAGACAAAGAGAGGAAACUGAACCAAACUCUGAACGAGAAGAGGACAGAAAUCGCAAUGUAUUGGGAGGAGCGGUUGAUGAACGAGUGUGGAAGGCUGAAAUCUGAACUGGAACAAAUUCACAAUGAGGAAAAGUGGAUGGCCAUGGAAAGCGUUCGACAAGCGAAAGACGAAGACUUUGAAAAGGCCCAACAAGAUUGGGAAGUGAAGCUUAGGCAGUGUUUGAAAGAGGUAUCAUCUUUGAAACGACUACUAGCCGAAAAAGAUGAAUACUACCGAGAAGAAUUGGUGAGGCAGCAGACAGCUACAGAUCAAGAUAUAUUAGAAUUGAGGCGACUGAUGGAUAAGAUCGAUAUGUCACAUCACGACAAAUAUGAAAAGUUAGUUUCAGAACAUGAUAGUGAAAUAGACCGAAUAAAUGCAGAUUAUGAAAAGAAACUCGAGGAUUUACAAACCUUCUGGAAAAAUCAAGUUGGCUCAAUGAGGGCAGCAGUGGAAAUUGUUAAGGAACAAAUGGAAAGGGAAUCCCAACAAAAAAUAGAGUCUUUGAUUCAACAACAUCGAAAUGAAUUAGAUCAGCAGUGGGAUAACCUCAUCCACCAAAAAAGCGAGGCUAUUCAACUCUUAGAAGAAGAAUAUGUUUCCAAGUACAAAACUUUAGAAGAACAAUUUUACACCCAGCAGAAAUCUCAUAGCCUGAGAGAGGUGGAACUGCUUAAGACUAUAGACUCGUUGAAAAACGAGUUGGAGAGCAAGGAAUCCACAAUAGAAGAUUUACAAAACAAUGUAGACACUUUGGAAGGUGGUAUUCAGGUUUUGAACCAAGAGCUUGCCCUACAAAGUGAUGAGACGACUAAGAAUGGGAAAGAGUGGGACCAAAAAGUCAGGGGUUUGCUGGAAACCAUAGCUGUGUUGGAGGAAAAGCAUAAGAAGGAAAUGGAGAGCUACCGACUGAAAUUCAUGAGUUCUCAGAAGCAGGCCAGUGAGACUAUUGAACAUUUACAGAAAAAAUGCAACUGUUUGACUAAAUUAUUCGAAGAAGUCAGGCAAAGAUACGAACGGCGGGAGUCUAGACAAGAAGACCUGAAUAAAAUAUCGGAUCUGAAACAGAUAAUAGCAGAACAAGAAAAAGACCUGGCUUGCAUCAACGAGGAGAAGCGGUUUUUCCAGAUGAGGCUCAUGGCGUUGGAGAAACACAUUGAGGACAAUGCUUCGGCGGAGGAUGAAGAAUUUGAGGACGCGCAUGCGCAACCAAUAAAACAAGAGCAAUUGCUGGAUUACGCUGGAGGCGUUUCAGUCAACCCCUCGUUUCCCCAACAGAACGGCCCCAUUUGCAUACCCCCCACGAUACCUGAAGGCGACGAGUGAUUCUUAUUUUUGUAUUUGUAUUUAUUUUUAAUUUUUCAUUGCGUUUGUACCACAAUUUCUUAAAGAUGAUGAAAAUAUAUGUUCGUCCACGCUGUAA